AUGGCAGAAGAAAAGACUUUGAAUGUUGGUGUAUUCGGUGACAAAGAUGUCGGGAAAACGGCUCUUGUGGGUCGAUUUACCGAAAAGAAAUUCAUCAAAACUAACACGACCACCUUCUUGAAUAUGCCCGUUUGCAAAGAAAACGUCUACGGAACCAGCGUCCAAUUCUCCUUUUACGAUGUGCCCGGCUCACCCGAAUACAGUUCAUUGGCUGCAGGUGUCUAUGCUGGAAUUGAAGUGGCUGUGCUCUGUUUUGACGUCACAAACGAGGCUUCUUUUCAAGCACUUCAAGGGUGGGUGGAUAGGAUAAAGCCCGGUUUGCCAGCGGGCGCAAUCAAGGUACUAGUGGGCUGUAAGUCCGACUUAAAGCGGGUAAUUCAACUUGAGACUGCCCGCAACUUCGCCACCCAGAAUGGCUACAUUUACUUCGAUGUCUCUUCGAAGAGCAACCAGAAGGAGAUCAAUGAGGUUUUCAAUGUGGCUGCUGCCAAGGCCUUGGGCAUUCCAAUUCCUGCACCACCGGUAAGUUCACAGAGUGACAUGCUAAUAUGGUAUAUUGAUUCAUAG